AUAAAAGACACUUGUUCUCUCCAAUGAUUGUCUUUGCUAAGUGUUCUUUACACGACGAUGUCGAUCAUCAAAGUGAGUUCUCGAGAUAAAGAUGUACCGGGUCUGCCUUACUAGUUGGAGAAAGAGCCUGCGACAGCCGAGUAAUUAUAAUACUAGAACCACGUGUGGCUUCUUGGCAAGAGAGAUAGCUCUCCAGCCUUGGCAUUCGAAAGAAAAUUCCGAACCCGUAGUGGGACUCUAUCAAUCUUUAGCUCACAUCGCUUCAACAAUCUUUUUCCAAUCGAGCAAACCAGCCAUGGUGCAAUCCGACACCCAGGGUACUAGGGAAGAGAUAUCUGCCCUGUUAGCAACACAGUGCAUCAUAUCAAGCACGACAGAAGUUCGAAUGCCUGAUGUUCAUGUUACGAUUCCUCUCUGCUCGUUUGCUUUUACGAUGUCCUUUGGCAUCACUUUGCAAGCAGUCGCACUCAUACAGGUGUUCGAAGAUAUUAUUUGUAUCAACAUUUUAGGGACGUCUGGGGUAUUCCCUCAUGACAACGCUGAUGGUUGCAAAUCGAGCCGCGUGCAACAAGAGCUUGCGAUCAUAAGGGGAGUCUUGCAGCUUUUUCCGUUCAUUGCUUCGCUCUUGUGCACCAUACCAUACGUAUUGCUCUCGCAGCGGAUUGGACGCAGGCCGAUGCUCAUACUGAGUGCUAUCAGCAUAUUCGCUGCGGCCGCUUGGAUAUUGAUCAUCUGCUAUUGGAACUCUGUGCCACUUCGCUGGAUAUGGCUUAGCGGUACCUUUCUAUUACUUGGUGGUGGUGAUGGUGUCGGUAGUAGUAUUGUACACACCAUUAUCUCUGAUGCGGUACACGGGUCCAAGCGUGCGCAAGUAUUCAACUACAUCUUCGCGGCUGACAUCAGUUCGGCUUUUCUUGGAUCAGUUCUCAGCAGUUUGCUCUUGAAGCACGGUCUGUUAUGGUUUACACUGGUUUCUGGUCAGGCCUCGUUGUUUCUGGGUGCUUUCGUGGUUCCUUUUUUUGUUCCCGAAACUCUGUAUACAUCCGAUAAUCUCGAAGAAGCCCGUUCUGGCGUUCCGCCAAUGUUGAACCAGGCAAUACAAGCGUCAUCAAGACAAACCACCAGUUCAAAGAUCAAAUCGACCAUGACGAGCGCCUUCAAGUCUCCGCUAUCUCUACUUAGGCUCCUCGCAUCCAACAAACAAGCUCUUUUGGUCCUUCUCAUCAUCGGACCACAAUCAACAGCCAAAAACUUGUUUGAGAUCGUUGGAUUCCAAUACUCCGCCGCGAAAUUUUCUUCGCCGUAUAGCACGGUCAAUCCGAUGCUCUCCAUCUCCUCAGCUGCUCAAGCUAUAUGCAGCCUUGGGAUCCUUCCCCUGGCAGCCAUAAGCAUAGUACGAGUACUUGACUGCAGUCCUUGGCGGCGUGAUCAUCUGAUAAUUUUGACGUUGGGUGUCUUGUCGGCGACGGGUCAUAUGAUCAUCAGUGUUGCCCCUACACUCAGCACAGUGAUGCUUGGAAUUGUACUUGUUGCCUUCGGGAGCUGUGCGACAGGGCAACUGCUAGGUGCAUUGGGCGAGGCUGUCCAGCCAGCACAAGUGUGUCUGAUCUACAGUGCAGCGUCCAUGAUGGACAUGGGAGCUCAAAGCAUGAUAGCGCCACUGAUGAAUCUGCUCCUGGUCCGAGGCAUGCGACUUGGGCGAGACUGGAUGGGCUUGCCUUUUGCAAUCAUGGCUGUGAUCAUGAGCAUGACAGUUUCUGCAAGCCUGUUCAUCAAUCCUACUCGUUCUAGUCAAUGAUUUAUUUAUCAGCAAACAGGUUCGAACAUCAAUGGAUCUUUUUAUGCCUCGGUUCCAAGUCUGUAUAGAAACAAGCAAAACCGAAGUCUUAUCAUAAGACAGCAAACAGGAGUCUAUUGAUAGCAACUACUAUUUCUCCGUAAAGACCAUGAGUCUCACCUCGAUACUCUCCCUCGGGC